AUGUGGAUCCAGGUCCGCACCAUAGACGGGAAGGAGACCCGAACCGUGGACGAUCUCUCCAGGCUGACUAAAAUCGAGACCCUCCGCGUGAAAAUACGGGAUAUCUUCAACGUGAGCCCUCAGCAACAGCGUCUCUUCUACCGGGGCAAGCAGAUGGAAGAUGGCCAGACGCUGUUUGACUACAACGUGGGUCUCAAUGACAUUGUCCAGCUGCUGAUUCGCUCCCAAACAGAUGCUUUGGACAGCCCCAUGUCCAUGGACCAACCCAGCGUGGCAUGUACUUCCACUCCUGCGCCAGCCUCUGCUGUCCCUUGGGCCGAAAGUCCCGAUCGCCCUGCUCCCAUCUCCCCUGCUGUUAUGGAAACUUCCACUGAUAAAGACAAUGACUGCAGCGACACGGCUGAAACUGCCGAUGAUACAAAGCUGGAUGCCAUCGUCCCCAGUUACUCAGCCAGCACCAAGAAUGGCUUGGAGCCCUCUAGUCCGACGCGAGACACACAACCGCCGACAUCUAGCAAGAACACUCUGUUGAACCCAGGAAUUGGGAUAUACAAAAUCAACGAACUGGUAGACUGCAGGGACGCGACCGUGGGCGCCUGGUUCGAGGCCUGCGUGGAGAAUGUGACACGUGCCCCAAAAGGACCUGUCAAGGGCAAAGUAGGGCGGCCCCCCAAAAGGACUAAUGGAAAGCUGGAGGGUGAGCAGGGGCAGCAGCCUCUCAGCUCAGGCCAAAGCACAGACACUGUCAGGAAUAAUGGAAACUCUGUAAACUCUGAAAGCAACGGAGGCUCUACAUCGCAGACGGACUCCAAUGAAGAGGACGUCAUUUAUCAUAUUAAAUAUGAGGACUACCCCGAGAAUGGUCUUGUGGAGAUGCGAGCAGCAGAUGUGCGGCCACGUGCCCGCACCCUGCUGUGCUGGGACCAGCUCACUGUAGGCAUGCACGUGUUCAUCAACUACAACAUGGAAACGCCGGAGGAGAGGGGCUUCUGGUUUGAUGCGGAGAUUCAGACCCUCAACCAAGUUUCCCGCACCAACAAGGAGCUCCGAGUCAAGAUUUUUCUGGGAGGUCCCGGCGACGUGAUAGGGGAUUGUAAGGUUCACUUCUUGGAUGAAAUCUACCAGGUGGAGAAGCCAGGAGCACCGGCGCUGUGUGCUGCAGAUGGACAAUUCAAACGGAAGAGCGGACCGGAGUGCAAGCACUGCAAGGCCGAUCCGGAUGCAGAGUGCCGGUUCUGCUCGUGCUGCGUAUGCGGUGGCAAGCAGGACGCACACAUGCAGCUGCUCUGCGAUGAGUGCAACAUGGCCUUCCACAUCUAUUGCCUCAAUCCGCCACUGUCUACUAUACCGGAUGAUGAGGACUGGUACUGUCCCACCUGUAAGAAUGACACCAGUGAAGUGGUCAAGGCUGGGGAAAAGCUCAAGGCUAGCAAGAAGAAGGCCAAAAUGCCCUCGGCAACCACAGAGAGUCAACGAGACUGGGGCAAGGGCAUGGCCUGUGUGGGACGUACUAAGGAGUGUACCAUUGUUCCUUCCAACCACUACGGACCUAUUCCCGGCGUUCCUGUUGGAACAACUUGGAAAUUUCGAGUUCAGGUGAGCGAGGCUGGGGUUCACAGACCACAUGUCGGCGGCAUCCACGGUCGCAGUAACGACGGCUCUUACUCGCUGGUGUUGGCGGGUGGCUUUGAGGAUGAAGUGGACCGGGGGGAUGAGUUCACAUACACGGGCAGCGGAGGCCGCGACCUCUCUGGAAACAAACGCAUCGGUGAGCACUCGUUUGACCAGACGCUGACCCACAUGAACAGAGCUUUGGCGCUGAACUGUGAUGCCCCACUGAAUGACAAAGUUGGAGCCGAGUCCCGAAACUGGCGGGCUGGGAAACCGGUGAGAGUAGUGCGCAGCUCCAAAGGUCGCCGCAUCAGCAAAUAUGCCCCUGAGGAGGGAAACCGCUAUGAUGGCAUCUACAAGGUGGUGAAAUAUUGGCCGGAGAUCGGCAAGUGUGGCUACUUGGUGUGGAGAUACCUGCUGAGACGGGAUGAUCAGGAACCAGCACCCUGGACCCCUGAAGGACUGGACAGGAUCAAGAAAUUGGGUCUCUUGAUCCAGUACCCACCAGGCUACCAGGCAGUCAUGGCGAAUAAGACAAGGAAGGAGGCCAUUGCCCGGCCAGGUCGCGGCGGUCGGGGUGGUCGGGGUAAGCACCACUCUGGAAGGGGCAGGGGCCGGCCGCGCAAGCAACCCAAGGUGGAGAAAGACCAGGAAGAGGAGGAUGAAGGGUUGGAGCAUCUGAUGGCUGCAGUGGAAGAGGACGAGGAUUUGGAGCCGCAAAGUAACGGUGAUCAGAAGACGAGUGAGGACUCAGAUUUUUCACCAGCAUCUGAGCCGCCCUCUAAGCGCGUGAAGGUGGAAGAGGCAUUCGUGCUAUCGGAGCAGCAGCAACAGUUAAUCGAAGAGGACGCGGCCAACAAGAAGCUCUGGGAUGAGGCCUUGGGGUACCUCGCUGAGGGGCCAAACUUUCUGCGGAAGAUGGAGCAGAUUUUCAUGUGCGUUUGCUGCCAGGAGCUAGCUUUCCAGCCAAUCACCACUGUCUGCUCGCACAAUGUUUGCAAGAUGUGCCUCCAGCGCUCGUUCCGGGCGGAGGUGUACACCUGCCCCGCCUGCCGCCACGACCUGGGCAAGGACUACGACAUGACGCAAAACAAGACUCUGCAGGUUCUGCUGGACCAGUUCUUUCCCGGCUACACAAAGGGCCGAUGA